AUGAUUUCUAAAUUUUGCACAGAUACAUUAUUAGAUCCUUUAGACGAAGAAAAUGGAAUUAAAAUAACUGGAUUUUUAAUUAAUAUGAUAGACAUAUUACCUAUAAGCAACCUAAAUGAUAUAGCUUAUUCAUUAUUAAGAAAAUUAUAAUUAAGUGCAAAUACUAAUUUAUAAGUACACAUAUAUUUAGCGAUUGAAUAAAUAAUGAAAUAAAGGAAUAUCGCUUAUGAAAACUGUGAAACAUUAAUAAAUGAACUUAUUAAUAUAUAACCUUCAUUACAUGAAAAUGAUAAAUUAGUAAUUUCUUAUUCUUAAUGUAUAGUUUAGACUCUUAUUUAAAUGAAUGAAUAGAAUUGGAGAGAAAGCAAUAAAUUUAUUCCGACUUGUAUUUCUAUUUUAUAAGAAAUGCUUCUCAGUGAAAAUAGAAAAAUUUAUAUUUUUGCUUAGUAGUAAAUUGAACUGGUUAUUAUUAGUACUAUAAAUAGCAAUUUCUACUCUGAAAAUAAAAAUCUAGAAGAACAACAAGGUAUUGAAGUUAUCGAAAAUUUAAAUGUUGAUAAUAAUGAAUAAUAGAAAACUAUCUUUUAAAAAAUCACUGCUAUUUUAUAACAUCUUCUAUCUUCUAGAUUUGAAUAAAGAUAAGCUUAGGCGUUAGCUAUUUUAGGUACUUUUUUCUAAAAAAUAGAAUCUAUAGAGCAUGCUGAAUAAAUAAUAGAAGAACUAGUAUAAUCAAGAAGAGAAAGACCCCCUUAAAAUUUUGAAAAAUGUUUUUCAAAAUUGAUAACUAAAAUAGGUGCUAGUCAAAUCGUUAAAAAAUUUUAAUUUAAAAGUGAGAAUUUGAAUCCUUUAGAUGAUUUAUUUGAAGAAUAAAGCAAUUUCUGGAUGCUUCCUUUAUUUUUAAAAUACACUAAAAAUUAAUAAAUUGAAGAUUUCUUUACGUAUUUCAUCCCACAUAUUUCUUUUAUUUCUACAAAUAAACUCAAUAUUUAAGAAUAUAAUUAAAUAUCUAAUCCUUAAUAAAGAGUUUGGUUAUCCCUUUUCUUAUAGUUAUGGGAUUCUUUCCCUAAAUUUAACAUUGUCUUUGGAAAUAAAGGAUUUAGUGCUUUUGAAAAUAUUAUAGAUAAUAUCGGAAGUUAACUAAAUGAUUCUUUUCCUCAUUUUAACUCAGUUUUGAAAGGUCUUUAGUAAAGUUUAAGCUUUAUAUAAAAAACUUAAACCCCUAAUGAUUUUAAAAAUUAAGUAGGCUAGAAAUGUUAAUAAAUAAUAAAGACACUUCACAAUAUAUUAAAUCCUUAAAAAGCUUAAAGCAAACUGAUAUUGAAAACAAUUACUUCGGCAAGUAUGUUAGCCCCUUAAGAAUAUUUAAAAAACGCAUUCAAUCAUAAUGUUAAAAAACUCAUAGAAAACAAAGUUGAGAAAAGCAAGCUUCCUUAAAUAAUAAAAACUUUUGAUAUGUUAAAUGCUGUAAGUACUUCUUUAGAUUUCAAAAAUGAUAGAUGGGAACUGUCUAUGAAAUUAAUAAGUAUUUUCUUAGAUGAAAAUAAUAUUUUAUAAAAAAAGGCUUAUAAAUUUUUGAAUUCUAUUAUGAACAAAGUACAUUAUACAUUCCUUCCUUAAGUCAUGAAAAUUAUUUAAGAUAAAUAAGCUACUUAAACAUCUGCAAGACCGGCUCGUCUAAUAACUAUAAAUUAAAUUUGGAAUUUGUCAAAAUUUGAUGAUGAAAAUAAUAAUUAAAUUGAUACUAUUGCUGAAUUUAUUUAAAUUUUCCUUCCUGAGUUAAUUGUUGGGUGUAGAGAUUCUAAUAUCAGAUCAAGAAAGCUUGUAAUUGAUAUAUUUAAAAAAAUAGGUAAUAAAAUGAUUAAAUUAAAUAUGUUUAAUGAUUUUGUUUCUAUGAUUUCAGCUGGUUUAGGUGCUGUAAGUAGCUUGAUGAAAGCUGAUAGUAUUGUUGCUAUUGGAAGUUUACUUAAUAUGUUUGGAAAAUAAGUUGACCAUAUUUUUAUUAGAUAAGUUAAUAGUAUUAUUUUGUUGCUUUUGAAAGAAUAAAAUAAAGAAAUAUUCAAGGCAAUUCUUGUCUAUUUAAAAAAAUAUAUGAAGGUGUUGCUAAAAAGUGAAUUAGAAGGAGAUUUGGCAGAAAUUUUAAAAAACAUUUUUAAUGUCGAUUAAGAAAUAAGAGAUAAAUAUAGAACAUUAAUAAAAUAAAUUGUACAUAGAUUAGUUAAAAAGUUCAAAUAAAAUAUUGUCGAAAAAUAUAUUCCAGAAGAACAUUUAAAGAUUAUUAAAGCAGUUUUAAAAGAAGAAAAGAAUUUAAAAAAUAAAAAACUUAAACUAAAAAUUCUUAAAAAAGAAAAUUUAAAAUAUAAAUUAUUAAAAAAAAGUAAAGAUGCUGUUUCUUAAAAAAAAGACAAUAUUGAAGAAGAAAAGAACAAAGAAGAUAAAAAUCUGCUCCUUAAAUAUGAUAAAGAGGAAUAAUAAUUCCAUUUUGUAGAAAAUAAUAACUUAAAGAAAAUUAAGCUUAAACUGAAAUAGAAAAAUGAAGAAAAUGAUGUUGAAUAUUUGAAAGGAAAAAUUAUCGUAAAUGAACCUAUAUAAGAUAUUACAGGUAAAAAAAGGAGAAGAGAAAAUUAAUACCAAACAUAUGAUUCAAUUUUAUAAGAGGAAAGAGAAAUCAACUAAGAAAAUACUAUCAACAUAAGAGAAGCUAGCAAAAAUGUUAAUUAAAAAAAUAACUUUGUGCAUAAUAUUAAAGAGUCGGGUGAUACUUAUAAAGCUAAAGGUGAUACUGGAGGUGAUGUUAUUAAAAAAGGAAAACCUGAUCCUUAUGCUUUUAUUUAAUUAAAUCCUAAGGCUUUAAAUAAAAGACAUUAAAAAAAAGCUUUUAAGGCAUUCGAUAUGAUUAUGAAUAAAAAUACAUAGUAGUUGUAAGGAAGUAAAAAAGUUAAAUAAUGA